GCAGGCAGCAGAACAGCCCGGGGAAACAGCGUCUGCACAGCACCGUUAUCUCACCGUUAUAUCCACCGUUAUACUCACCGUGACACCGGCGGGACACGGAGCUUCUUCACAGGCCGGUUCUUACAACCGAAGACCGUAAAGAUGGUUCUCAGUUAUCUGCCUUUUGUGUUUCUCCUGGGCGCUACCGUUAAAGGAAUGACAGCAACAGAUUCCAUCACACAAAAUGUCUCCACCGAUGGAGGAAUGAUUGAUAAGACAUCCACCAGUCCUGCAACAUCACACAUGAGCUUAACUGAAAGUUCAAAUCCGAGCAGCAGUCACUCAACCAGCAGUUUUGUAACUUCACCACCAUCCACUACAGAGCACUCCACAGCCUCAGUAGCUACUGUAACUAUAGAAAAAGCCACUGCAGAAUCUACUACUAUGGAACCAGACUCCACCCAUGCAGAGACUACCUUCUCCCAGUCCUUUACUGAGUCCAGUACCUCCAAGGCAGCAGUCAGCAGCACCAUAAAUGAGAACAGUUAUUUUACCACCGGCAGCCCAACUGACUCUCCAUCAGCUCCAACCAGCAGUACAACGCUGUCCACUACAAGCCCUGAGACAAGCCAACCCACCAACACUAGUGAGACCACACAUUCAAACACCACACCUGCUUCAGAUCACACAUUGACAUCGAGAACACAAACCACAAGCACCAGCAACGGACAAUCCACCAUUUCACCAAUUACAAGCAUUGACACAACUAUAAAUACGCCGAUUACAACCAACGACAGAACUACCAUUAUGCCGAUCACAAGCGACGAAACUACUACAAUUACGGCAAUUACAAGUGACCACACAACUACCAUUAUACCAAUUACAAGUGACCACACAACUACCAUUAUACCAAUUACAAGCGAUGACACAACUACCAUUAUACCAAUUACAAGCGACGACACAACUACCAUUAUACCAAUUACAAGCGACGACACAACUAACAUUAUACCAAUUACAAGCAACGACACAACUACCGACGACACAACUACCAUUAUACCAAUUACAAGCGACGACACAACUACCAUUAUACCAAUUACAAGCGACGCCACAACUACCAUUAUACCAAUUACAAGCGACGACACAACUACCAUUAUACCAAUUACAAGCGACGACACAACUACCAUUAAACCAAUUACAAGCGACGACACAACUAACAUUAUACCAAUUACAAGCGACGACACAACUACCAUUACACCAAUUACAAGCGACGACACAACUACCAUUAUACCAAUUACAAGCGACGACACAACUACCAUUAUACCAAUUACAAGCGACGACACAACUAACAUUAUACCAAUUACAAGCGACGACACAACUACCAUUACACCAAUUACAAGCGACGACACAACUACCAUUACACCAAUUACAAGCGACGACACAACUACCAUUACACCAAUUACAAGCGACGACACAACUAACAUUAUACCAAUUACAAGCGACGACACAACUACCAUUAAACCAAUUACAAGCGACGACACAACUAACAUUAUACCAAUUACAAGCGACGACACAACUACCAUUAAACCAAUUACAAGCGACGACACAACUAACAUUAUACCAAUUACAAGCGACGACACAACUACCAUUAUACCAAUUACAAGCGACGACACAACUACCAUUAAACCAAUUACAAGCGACGACACAACUAACAUUAUACCAAUUACAAGCGACGACACAACUACCAUUACACCAAUUACAAGCGACGACACAACUACCAUUAUACCAAUUACAAGCGACGACACAACUACCAUUAUACCAAUUACAAGCGACGACACAACUAACAUUAUACCAAUUACAAGCGACGACACAACUACCAUUACACCAAUUACAAGCGACGACACAACUACCAUUACACCAAUUACAAGCGACGACACAACUACCAUUACACCAAUUACAAGCGACGACACAACUAACAUUAUACCAAUUACAAGCGACGACACAACUACCAUUACACUAAUUACAAGCGACGACACAACUAACAUUAUACCAAUUACAAGCGACGACACAACUAACAUUAUACCAAUUACAAGCGACGACACAACUACCAUUACACCAAUUACAAGCGACGACACAACUACCAUUACACCAAUUACAAGCGACGACACAACUACAAUUUCACCAAUUACAAGCGACGACACAACUAACAUUAUACCAAUCACAAACAACGACACUACUACAAUUACACAAACUAUAAGCAACCACACAACUACCAUUACGCCGAUCACAACCAACGACACAACUACAAACACGCCAAUCACAAGCGACGAAACUACUACAAUUACGGCAAUUACAAGUGACCACACAACUACCAUUAUACCAAUUACAAGCGACCACACAACUACCAUUAUACCAAUUACAAGCGACGACACAACUACCAUUAUACCAAUUACAAGCGACGACACAACUACCAUUAUACCAAUUACAAGCAACGACACAACUACCAUUACACCAAUUACAAGCGACGACACAACUACCAUUAUACCAAUUACAAGCGACGACACAACUACCAUUAUACCAAUUACAAGCGACGACACAACUAACAUUAUACCAAUUACAAGCAACGACACAACUACCGACGACACAACUACCAUUAUACCAAUUACAAGCGACGACACAACUAACAUUAUACCAAUUACAAGCGACGACACAACUAACAUUAUACCAAUUACAAGCGACGACACAACUACCAUUACACCAAUUACAAGCGACGACACAACUACCAUUAUACCAAUUACAAGCGACGACACAACUACCAUUACACCAAUUACAAGCAACGACACAACUACCAUUAUACCAAUUACAAGCGACGACACAACUAACAUUAUACCAAUUACAAGCGACGACACAACUACCAUUAUACCAAUUACAAGCGACGACACAACUACCAUUGCAGCGAUUACAACCGGAGACAUGACUACAAAUCUGCCAAUCACAAGCAAUAACACAACUACAAACACGCCAAUUAUGAACAACGACACAACUACCAUUAUGCCGAUCACAAACAACGACACUACUACCAAUAUGCCAAUUACAAGCAGUGACACAACUACAAUUAUGCCGAUUACAAUCAACGACACAACUACCAUUAUGCCAAUUACAAACAACGACGCUACUACCAAUAUUCCAAUUACAAGCAGUGACACAACUUCCAUUACGGCGAUUACAAUCAACGACACAACUGCAAUUAGAUCAACUACAAGCAACAUCACAACUACAAUCACAAAGACUACACAGUCCAGCCACAGUACAACUUUCAUUACAACUACAACACAGCAGAGCAACAUCACAACAACACCAGCAACCACACAAACAAGCAAAAGCACAGCAAGUACUCCUACAGAAGCUUCAGAAAGCUUGACAGCUGUGCUGACUACAGCAACACUAACAAACUCUACUAACACCUCUCCUGAGACUCCUGUGAUGACCACCACACUUUUACCCUCCCCUUUCACCACAAACCCAAACCUAACAGCCGGACCCCAACCCUCUUCACCUACCUCCAUCACCACCUCCAGUUCUCUCCCUACCUCCCCAAGUAGUAGCACUGCAGCCCCCACUGGAAAUACUACCACCCUUAGUCCCUCAGCAACAAACCCAGGAGUGACCAUAUAUACCACUAUGACUCAAUCACCUGAACCAUCAGUUGGCGAUGCAUCAGCUUCAUCCACCACCCUCCCAACCCCCACCUCCACCAUCAGUACAGGCACCAUCAUCACUGACACCACCCUGCGACCAACAGAAGUCACUACCACUAACUCCACCACAGCAGCCCCACCCACCCCUCCAGUCAUAGUGUGUCCUUCCGUCCCAUGCCCACUUGAAAGCGUUUGUCUUAAUGGCACUUGUCAGUGUCUCUCUGGUAGCUUCCUGGUAAAUGGCCGCUGUGCACAAGCCCACGUUUUCUCAGGCAAGCUUCAUCUCACCUCCUUGACAUUUAAAAAUGAAAUGAGCAACAGGUCCUCUGUAAUAUUCCGCGAGACGGCGUUUCAGAUCUCAGCAACGCUCAGAAAUGCCCUGAAGAAUCAGCCGGGGUAUAAACAGUCUGAUGUUGUGCAGCUUAAACCAGGAAGUGUGCAGGCAAUUGUAAAUAACAUCUUUGAAAACACCAACACCACUCAAAAGUCUGUUGAUCAGGCCAUUCAAGAGGCUAUAGCCAAUCCAGAAAAUACAUUAUUGGCUGAUGCUACGUUUAUAGGUACAAACCUGUGUGUGCAGGAACCCUUACCCUGUGACGUCUCAACUACAAUGUGCACAAAUACAAACGGCCGGCCUUUGUGUUCCUGCAGAGAGGGCUACAUCUCUAUCCUGUACUCAAACAGCAGCUGUAAAGCGUGUCCAAGUGGGCAAAGGGCAGUGGGAGACACGUGUCAACCAUGUGCAUUUGGAUAUGCUGGCUUCAACUGCAACGACUCUGCUCUGCUGGCAGUGGUGGUCAUCUCCUGUGUACUGGGAGGAGUUCUCAUCAUCCUUUUGCUGGCUUUGCUCAUAUACUGCUUCCGUAUGCGAAGCUCAAAGAGCAAGCCAGACCUCAGUCGCAGUCCAUACUCAUCAGGGGACUUAAACCAUCCCUGGCCCACUGGCAUCACCCCCAUCCCCCGAGCCACCUCUAACUGGGAUGCCGCUACCCCCAUAGAGAUGACAGAUGGGGGCAGCGCUCGUGUCAAAAAGCAUCAAACCAAUGGAUUGGUGAGUUAUCACACCUAUCAAUCACUUACCAAUAAUCCUAAACUCACAGUCUUGCAUAGUGUCGAUCUACCACUAAAUCAGCCUUUAGUUUGUUCAAUGUUGCCCCAACAUCUUACAUCCAUUUUGCAUCUGCUUUUCCAAUGAGCAUACAUUUGAUAAUUUACAGGACAAAAAUACAUCUAGGUGAGGUGAAUAUCUGGCUUAAUUAGACAUGUACAUUUCUAGAAACAUAUAUUGUUUCAAUGGCUGUAGCUACCCUAGUUACGCUGAAACAUGUUUUGUUGUACACACAUUUAACUCAGUCUUAGCCCUAAACACCUGGAUAUUUUUGACCUGCAAAUCAACACAUCCCUGCUCACUGGGUAUAUAAUCAUCUCGUCAUUUCAGAGACAGAUUCAAUGCUUUGCUGAUAUGUUAUCAGUCCUACCCACAUCACAAUGUUCAACCCACUCAUCCAGAAUGUAUAUUUAUAGUGGUAACACAUAGCUCCCUACCAUGCUCCCUGCUUUGCCUGACUCCCAGUGUGUUGCUUUAGGGGUUUCAUCCGAAGCAGAAAGGAUGGAAAAAGGUAAGGCAUGGCUUUGCUUUUAGUUUCUGAUUUUGCCUUGAUUCCCCCUGCUGAUGAUUUAGCAUAGUGAGAAUAACGGUGGAAGGAUUCCCGGGGUGAUGGGGAGCUUCAUGAGAAUCUGAUUGUUGUGGAAAGCCGUGUGCUUUCAUCUACAUGUUAAUGUAGUGAGUGACAGUUCAGAGAACCUCAGCUGAUGCUAGGUGGGGGAGUAGUCAUUUUCACUGCAUAUUGGUGAGGGUUACUUGUGUAUGUGUGCUUGGCUUUGGUGGGUGUUUGUAUAUGUCUUCUCUGAAAGAUACUAACAUGUUGACUGUUUCCACUGACGUUUCAGUCAGGAUCAUACGAUCUCAACCCAGAUGGAAUGAACACCUUCACAGGUAAAAAUACCUCUCGUUACUCCUAUCUGGUUCAAGGACAUGAGAACCCCUACUUCUUACCAGGAGAAGACAGUAAAAACUGAGGACAUCUGUGUGAAAAUGAGGAACACCUCAAAGAGAAGCCACUGAUUUAAACUGGGUAUACAGGACCAGGAACAUGUAUCCGUUCUUGAACUUGCUUUGAGUAAGAACAAUUCUUUAUUGAUAAACAGCCACCAAAGAUCUUCCUUCAUAAGAGGAUGACAUUUUGAUAACAUUUUUAUUUGAGGUUUUGUGUUCUUUGGGAAAGCUGAAUGUUGCGACUUAUAACCAGUAGGUGUCACUGUUGCUCAGGGACAUUUUCUUCUGAAUCUGACUUUUUAAUACUUAUAAGAAAUCCUCAUGUUGACUUUAUAAAUGAAGGUUCUUAUAUUGAUAAUUGCACUAGAGUGUAUGUUAAGUUUACGACCAAUGGUUAGCCUGGAAUGGAACGUACUUUAAAUAUUGGGUUUAUUGACACUUUUCUGAUGAUUUUUUAGACAAAUUAAUCUUGUAAGACUAAAGGGGCUGGAUCCCUUGUUCUGGGUAUUUUUAAAGGGAUUUAUUUUAUCGCCUCUUCAGCUAAAUAUUCUCUGUAUUUGUUUAAGCUGCAUUUGCAAAAUGUGCCUGUUUCAAUAGUCUGUUUGACACAGGAAAUAUGCAAAGCUGGUGAUAAAGUUUGUCUUAUGGAUGUGCCAACUGUCACUUUUAUACAUUUAGUUUGACAUUUCUUAAAUAUAUAUUUAUCCGUGUGUGUCUGAGACAGUGCGCUAUUUAAGUGUGUAAAGGCUAUGUAAAUAAUUGAAUAUCUUUGGCACAGAAUGAGUGUGUGUGCGUGUGUGA